AUGGAGCUAGAUCAGCGAUUUCUAAAGCCAAAGCCUCUUCUAUUACGCUAUGACAUUCUUCCUUUUCUAGCCUCCCAGCUCUUCCUGAUCUGAACCUAUUGAGUAAUCCCUAUCUAGAAACAAUAUUUCGGGCUCAUAUAUUUUUCAAUCGCUAUUUCUCUGCUUCUUUCCCAGCUUCUUCUUUAUCUCUUUACACACUGAAGCAACUACAUCCGAGGACUCGUUGCCUUUAGCUCAACCACUCUUGAAGACUCCACCCACAUCUUAAUCCAAUCAAAAAAGCACAAACACAAGCACCGUCUCUGACAAAUUGUCCCAUUAAAUAGAAAUCCUUUAUCAUUUGAAUAUUUUCACAAAAAAUACGUUUUUGAUGACUCCAUAGGCCAAUUUAAUAAAGUCCCAUAUCCUAUAGGACUGACUUUUCAAGAAUAUAAAGAAUCUAAAUCCUUAAGCGAAGAGCUUUUAAACAAAGCAGAAACCAAGUGGGGAGGAAACAAAAUGGAGCUCCCAAUCCCUACAUUUUCAGACUUAAUGCUUGAACACAUACUGGCUCCUUUCUUUGUGUUCCAAUUAUUUUGUGUUUUAUUGUGGAUGCUUGACGAGUAUUGGCAGCUUUCGUUUUAUACCCUGGUAAUGCUUGUGGUAUUUGAGUCUACUGUGGUAAUGCAGAGAAUUGCGAACUGGAAAAGAAUUAAAGCGAUGAGAAGGCCGCCUCAGCCUAUUUUAGCAUUGAGAAAUAAAGGAUGGCGUGAAAUCAGCUCUGACUUGCUAUACCCUGGGGAUAUUGUGUCGAUUACUAAAAAAGACCAAAGGCUGGUUUUGCCUUGUGACAUGCUUUUGCUUGAUGGAAGCUGCUCAGUUGACGAGUCAAUUUUGACAGGAGAAUCAGUCCCACAGAUGAAAGAUGAUAUUUCUCAAAGGCAUCCGCAGGACUGCUUAUCUUUAAAACAAGAUAAAACUCAUUUGCUGAUGGGCGGAACUGAAAUCUUAGACGUAAAGCUAGGAAAAGACUCUCAAGGGAUGAGAUGCUACGUGCUUAGGACCAGCUGGGAUACAACCCAAGGGAAAUUAAUGAGAACCAUUUUAUAUUCAUCAGAUAGACUGACUGUAGGAAGUAAAGAAGCAUUUUUCUUUAUCUCAAUUUUAUUGGUUUUUGCAUUGAUGGCUACAGGUUAUGUAGUUUACUAUACAAUGGAUGACCCAAAAAGAGACCCUUAUAAGCUCCUCUUAAAAUGCAUUUUAAUUAUCACUUCUGUAGUCCCACCUGAGCUGCCUAUAGAGCUUGCUUUAGCUGUGAAUUCUUCAAUCCUUUCUCUCCAAACCAAACAAAUAUUUUGCACUGAGCCUUUUAGGCUUCCUCUUGCUGGAAAAGCAUCAAUUUGUUGCUUUGAUAAAACAGGGACAUUGACUGACCAAGAUUUUGAAGUAAAAGGAAUUAGCAUAAGCUCAGGAAAUCUUUCAGAGUCGAAAUCCUUAAGACAGCUAGAUUCCUCAAGAGAAGCUUCUUUAGUAAUCGCUGGGUGCAAUACUUUAUCUUUUGUAAAUGGAGACUUUAUUGGUGACCCAGUCGAAAAAGCAGCCUUUAAAGCGAUAGGAGCUCAGCUGACUGAGAAUGGCAUAAACUUCAAAGGACUGCCUAUAACAAUUUUAAAGAGAUUUGGCUUUACUUCAGACUUAAAAAGAAUGAGCACCGUCAUAAGGCUUUCAGGAAAUGGACCUGUAAAACCUUUGUUAUUAGUCACAAAAGGUGCUCCUGAAGUACUGCAAAAUCUUUUUCAAGAGGUGCCAGUUUUUUAUAAAAAUUUACUGGAGCAUUUUGCAUCACAAGGGCUUAGAAUUUUGGCUUUGGGGAUCAGGGAGUUAACUAAUGAAGAAGCAAUGAAGCUUUCUGAUAUUGGAAGAGAUGAACUAGAAAAUAAGCUGCAAUAUUGUGGACUUUUAGUACUGAAAAGUCCUAUAAAACCGGAUACAGCUGCAGUUAUUGAAGAAAUUUUGGCAUCUGGGCAUAAGUCUGUAAUAAUUACUGGGGAUAAUAUUUUUACAGCUGGAGAAGUAGCGUUAACACUGAAUUAUGGCCAAGAACUGAGGUUUAUUGAGAUUAAAAGUAAUGAAAUUGCGGUUGUUGACAACUUAGGAAACCCAGGAGAAGUUUCAGAGAAGAGCGUGCUAUGUGUCAAUGGAGACGCUUUGCCUAUGAUAAUUGAAAGAAAUGUCUUCAGGCAAUGCCUAUAUCAAUAGGGUAGCUUAUAGCGCUAAACUGAGAAUUUCCCCUCAGGCUUUGAAUUUCCCCUUUUUGCAGAAAAUCGAUUCAAAAUUCCAUUUUUUGUGAUUUUUGUGUGGACAAUCUAGUAGCAUGCUGCAAGGCUCUUAGCUUUUCCACUGGAGCCGACCUGACGAGGAGGAGAACCUACUCAUAGAUACCAUGACAUCAGGUUGUGAAAAAGAGGAAAGGUGAUGCUUGAGCUAAUUUGACAAGCGAAUUCAUAAUCACAAAUCAAGCAAGUUCUCUCUGGCAACGUGGCAAAGAGGGUGAACUCCCUGCGAGGAUUUUUGGUGACUGCCUUGCCAAUAGGCAAGCAGCCAACCCGUAAUAAGCUUAAGUUUUAGCCUAUGAUAAUUGGCUCAGACAUCUUUUAUAAGGUAAAAGUCUUUGCUCGAGUUUCUCCAGCACAGAAAGAACAAAUCGUGAAUGAAUUUAACAGAAAGCACGUAACCAUUAUGUGUGGAGAUGGCACCAAUGAUGUCGGAGGGCUUAAAAAAGCUCAUGCUGGCAUUGCUUUAUUAAACAAGCCUGUAGCUGUAACAAAGCCUAACACCCCAUCAUUGACUUCUGAAAUGCUCGAACUCGGCGAUGCCUCAAUGGCUGCACAUUUUACCUCAAAAAAGUCCACAAUUCUUGCAGUAAAGCAUUUAAUCCAGCAAGGAAGAUGCACAUUGGUAACCACCUACCAAAUGUAUAAAAUCCUAGCCUUAAACUGUCUGAUGUCUGCAUUCAGCUUGAGCGUCCUCUAUUUAGAUGGUAUUAAAUAUGGGGACACACAGGCCACAAUAGGAGCUAUCUGUAUCUCGGUCUUCUUUUUCUUUGUAUCAAGAUCUACAUUACAUUAAAUUGAUUAGCUUGCAUUUCUUGUUUAACGUCCAAUAUCACAUCACCUAGGGCUUCAAGGUACCCUGCUAACUGGUUUCCUCCGCUUCAGGCAUUCUGAUUUCAACAGCAUAUCAAAAUCUACACCUAUGGACAAAUUAAGCCAUCAUCAUCCUCCAUCAACAGUUUUUGAGCCUCAUAUCAUUAUUUCAGUUUUUGGGCAGUUUGCAGUGCAGCUGAUUGGGCUGUUAUAUGUAAAUUAUAUAACAAAGCCUUUUGUACUUAAAGAUGAUGAUUUUAACCCAGAUUCGGAUUUCAAGCCAAAUAUUUUAAGCUCGGCGAUAUUUUUAUAUACUUCUUGGAUUAAUGCAGCGAAUUUCUUAGUUAAUUAUCAAGGAGAGCCGUUUAUGAAGAAGCUGCAGGAGAAUGCGGGGCUGUUUAAAAGCUUGAAAGUGUAUUUUGUGGUGAUUUUGGCGGCGGCUUUGCAAGUUGAUCCAUUGCCUGAGAUAUUGGAGCUGUUUCCGUUUCCAAGCAUUGAGUACUCGUUUCAGCUGGCUGGGGUCCUGGUAGUAAAUCUUGGGCUGUGUUUGGGAAUAGAAAAAACUUGCAAUUAUUUCAGAUAUCGUGAUUAA